CCGCAGCCCCUGUGGAAGAAGGCACUCUCCGCCACGGUGCUGGGGGUGCCCCUGCUCCUCGGGGCGAGGUACCUCAUGGCUGAGCCACAGGAGAGGAGGCGGAUGCGGCUCAUGGUGGACGGCAUUGGGCGCUUCAGCAGGGUUUCCCAGUCUCCACGGCCUAGAGAUUGAUGAGGGCAGAGCCUGGGGUUGGCUCUCCUGUGGCUUUCCACCAUGAGGGACCGCACAGGACCGGUGGGGACUGUCCCCAAGCAGCCUGGUUCUGAAGAUCACACUGAGCAGCUUGCUUUCAGAGGCUGAGCUAGAGCUAUUUUCCCAACAAUCUGUGCGGUCUCGUCAGCUCUCAGCCCUAACAGUUGCCAGGACAGGCAGGCCUGAUGGAGCACCCCUGGCUGGGCGCAGGGUGACCACGGGGCCUCUGGAGACCUCGGGGCCCACAGCGCGUCCUGGUUAACAGGGCAAUGUACGUGCAGGAGCCCAAGGAAGGAGCGUGGGUGAGCCCCUCCCUGGUGUGAACCGUCAAGGCUGUUAUGUGGCUCCGAUGCUGCCGUCACUCAGGAAAUCUCAUGGGUUUAGAGGCACCUCCCAGGAGCUGGGUAACGUUAAUUCUUCGUCACAUGAUGACCUUGACAUGUUUGUGGGCAGAUAGGCCAUAAUAUUGUACAACAGGGGUCAGCAGACUCUGGCCCUGUGCCAAAUACAAGGGUCAGAGGUGCUGCCUGUUCUAUAAAUAGAGCUCCUUGGAGUGGCAGCCACGCCCCCCUCACCCUCCUGAGGCUGCCCCUAGGACCCAAAGUAUUUAUUGUCUAACGUUUUCAAGAAAAAUUUUGCCGAGCCCUGAUGUGGGUUUGUCUGAUGUUUACUCCCAGUUUGUCCCAUUGUUUCGCUCUUUGCUUCCCUUGUCCUUUGAUGUCGGUGCCUGUGCCCCUUGCCCCUCCGUCGCUAGUUUAACGCCCCCAGUACUUCUCGGGUGAGCUCAUUCCUACCUCUCAGCUGUCCCAUCCACCCUGAGGGCUUGUGUUCCACCAUAAGGGAAAACUCUGUCCUCCCACGUGUUCCUUCCUCUUGCUUGCGUCAGUCUGGACAGGGACAUUUUACUCCGAGGGCUGCUCUCACUCAGCAUCAGUGCUGUGUAGUUGCUGAGACUGGGUUUGGCUCAUAGGAGGAGCCCCUCCACCUGGCUUUUAGGGCCCUUCUCUCACUUUUUUUUUUUUUAAUAUUUAUUUAGGCUGCACCGGGUCUUAGUUGCAGCACACAGGAUCUUUAGUUGCGGCACGCAGACUCUUAGCUGUGGCAUGCAUGCAGGAUCUAGUUCCCUGACCAGGGAUGGAACCCGGGCCCCCCGCAUUGGGAGCACGGAGUCUUAACCACUGCAGCACCAGGGAAGUCCCCCUCACCCUUCUCUCUUUAAAAAAAAAAAAAAAAUUAUUUAUUUAUUUAUUUUUGGCUGUGUUGGGUCUUCGUUGCUGUGCGCGGGCUUUUCUAUGGUUGCGGCAAGCAGGGGCUACUCUUCGUUGCGCUGUGCGGGCUUCUCAUUGCGGUGGCUUCUCUUGUUGUGGAGCAUGGGCUCUAGGCACGUGGGUUCAGUAGUUGCAGCACGCGGGCUCAGUAGUUGUGGCUCACGGGCUCUAGAGCGCAGGCUCAGUAGUUGUGGCACACGGGCUUAGUCGCUCUGCGGCAUGUGGGAUCUUCCCAGACCAGGGCUCAAACCUGUGUCCCCUGCAUUGGCCCGCGGAUUCUUAACCGCUGAGCCACCAGGGAAGCCCCUGACCCUUCUCUUUUAAUCUCCAGCAUCUGACUGUAAAUUGUUUCAAACAUACAGCAGAGCUGGUGAGUCUGGCUUUUAUCAAUAGCAUCUCGGAACCCUUCCAAUGCCCUCCGUCCUUUGAGCAUUUUACUCCAGCUGGCAGCACAGUCACUCCAGGCUCAGCCUUGGAAGCAGCCAGUCUCCCGAUGGUUCUUCGGGAUGGAGCAGGGGCUCGGGGGCCACGGUGAGGAUGCCGGUGUGCUCGCCACUCUGGGCUGUCUGCCCCAGGCUCCUCCAUGGACAGGGGCUGCGGGUGUGCGUGCGUGUGUGGCUGUGAGCACACACACCCAGGGCCAUAUGUUUGCUUCUGUGGGCAGCCAUCGACGGCAAACCCGCUCUUCCAUUUCCCACACGGGUCAUUCUGGUUUUCUCCCUUUCUGUGUCUGUAACUCCUUCUCCACCUGGGAGAAGCCCGGCUCCCCUUGUCCCUAAUUUACUGACCUAUUAGCUAGGCCACCCCGAGUAUAGCCAUCACCCCACUGCCCUCACCUGCACCCCUACUCUCACUCCUGUGCAGACCUUGCAUUAGCUUUUGGACGAAUUAUUCAGGAAGGAGGGCAGCUCCUCUUUGGGCCUCAGGGUGCUCAGAGAAAUCCUGUCUCCUUGCUCACCCUGCCUCACACAGACAGCCCUGUUUGCUUCCUGUGUCAGGCUGGGGUGGGUGGGACAGACCCGGUUCGUGGCACUCAGUCUGGGCUGACCUCAUUGCUCUAAGACACCGGUCCCUACAGCUGCUGGGAGGGCAGGAAGCCUGUGCAGGAUCCGGCAGCCUCUUCCUUCCCACCUUUUCAUCCUGGCCCCUCACGGCGGAGGGGCUGGAACAGGAUAUGCUGGGGCGGGCGGAGGCUUGGCCUGCACCGGGGCCCCGAGAAGCAGGAGCCCCACACCCUGCUCGAGACGGUUUGAGGGGCUGGGGUCUGCGGCACUGGAGGCCUGGAUUCUGGUCCUGGAUCCUCCCUUCUCCAGACCCAGGGCCGCCUUGUCCGUAGCCUGGGGCGUGGGAGUGAGCGAGGACCCCUGCCCACACCAGAAGGCCUGGGCCUGCGGGACUUCCCAGGGCUGUGCCCUCAGCCGGGAGAGCAGGCCCCAGCUCUGGGGUUUGAGCCCCAGGGGCUCCUGUCCACUCCAGUCGGAGUGCAGAGGAGACAGGACCAGUGGUGCAGGGGGGCCUGAGCGAGGGCAUGUUCACAGACGGAGCAGCCAUUGCAGCUGUGCUGGCUCGUGGAUGGAUUUUCUUGUGUAACAAGUGUUAUCAAAGGAUGAAAAGAGCACGCCCGCUUGUUAGGGCCCGAGGCCCCGUUCCCAUCCCAGGCGCCCCUGGGUGCACGUUCAGGGGCUGAGGAGUGGUGUGGAUGCAGGAUGCCCAGUCCACAGCCCAGCGGCUGAGACUGACCUGCUGGCCACGCAGUCCCGAGAGCCCAGCAGCCCCGCCAGGUGCUCACAGCGGUCCGGGGUGCUGGCGGGGAUCUGAGGCGAGUGCCCGCUGGGGCUGAGGGCAGCCUGUGCCCACAGGUCUUUGAGGGUCGGCCUGCAGAUCUCCCUGGACUACUGGUGGUGCACAAAUGUCGUCCUGCGAGGGGUGGAGGAGGUUUGUUCCUGCGUCCUGGCCUGGCUGGUCCUGGCCUGCGGCCUGCGGGGAUGGGGGUGCCCAGGUGGAGGUGCCCGCCCGCCCCCAUCCCUUCCCUCUAUACCUGUGGUCAGAACAGCCCGGGGUACUUGGAGGUGAUGUCUGCAUGUCACCAGCGGGCGGCUGACGCCCUGGUGGCUGGGGCCAUCAGCAACGGGGGCCUCUACGUGAAGCUGGGCCAGGGGCUGUGCUCCUUCAACCACCUGCUGCCCCCCGAGUACAUCAAGACACUGCGGGUGCUGGAGGACAGGGCUCUCACGCGGGGCUUCCGGGAGGUGGAUGAGCUGUUCCUCGAAGACUUCCGGGCCCCGCCCCACGAGCUCUUCCAGGAGUUUGACUACCAGCCCAUCGCAGCAGCGAGCCUGGCCCAGGUGCACCGCGCCAGGCUGCACGACGGCACCGUGGUGGCCGUGAAGGUACGCGGGGCCCCCGCGGGGCGCCGCGGGGGGCAUCCGGGCGCCGGUGGCCAGUCCUCCCUGCAGCCUCCCGUGCAGGUGCAGUACAUCGACCUGCGGGACCGCUUCGACGGCGACAUCCACACCCUGGAGCUCCUGCUGCGGCUCGUUGAGCUCAUGCACCCCAGCUUCGGCUUCAGCUGGGUCCUCCAGGACCUGAAGGGGACCCUGGCCCAGGAGCUGGACUUUGAGAACGAGGGCCGCAAUGCCGAGCGCUGUGCACGGGAGCUGCAGCACUUCCGCUAUGUCGUGGUGCCACGCGUGCACUGGGACGUGUCCGGCAAGCGCGUGCUGACGGCAGAGUUCUGUGAGGGCUGCAAGGUCAACGACGUGGAGGCCAUCAAGACCAUGGGGCUGGCAGUGCGGGACGUCGCGGAGAAACUGAUCCAGGCCUUUGCCGAGCAGAUAUUUUACACAGGCUUCGUCCACUCCGACCCCCACCCUGGCAAUGUCCUGGUGCGGAAAGGCCCCGAUGGGAAGGGACAGCUGGUGCUGCUGGACCACGGGCUGUACCAGUUCCUGGAUGAGAAGGAUCGGUCAGCCUUGUGCCAGCUGUGGCGGGCCGUCAUUCUGAGGGACGAGGCUGCCAUGAAGGCGCAGGCGGCUGAGCUCGGGGUGCAAGACUACUUCCUGUUCUCCGAGGUGCUCAUGCAGCGGCCUGUGCGCCUGGGGCAGCUGUGGCGCUCACACCUGCUGAGCCGUGAGGAGGCGGCCUACAUGCAGGACAUGGCGCGGGAGCACUUCGAGGAGGUCAUGGCCGUGCUCAAGGCCCUGCCGCGGUCCAUGCUGCUCGUGCUGCGCAACCUCAACACCGUGCGCGCCAUCAACACCGCCCUGGGCGCCCCAGUGGACCGCUACUUCCUCAUGGCCAAGAGCGCAGUCCGGGCCUGGAGUCGCCUGGCGGGCGCCACGAGCCAGAACACCUAUGGUGCCAGCCUCCUGCGCCACAUCAGGGUCAUCUGGGAGUCGUUCAAGUUUGAAGUGGCCCUGAGGCUGGAGACCCUGUCGAUGCGGAUCACUGCCCUCCUGGUCCGAGUCCUGGUCCACCUGGGCCUCAUGCCCAAGACCAAGGGGCUGUACGAGUACCUGGAGAUCUAGGGAGCCCCGGCAGGAGGACCACAGAGCUCGCCCCACUGCAGGCUGAGGGGCCGGCCAGGGCCAAGGCACAGACGCCUAAGAAAGACCUGGGGGCACGGGAGUGACUGUGGCCUGGAGUUGGGCCUGCAAUGACCACAUGCUCUUCUCAAAUCAAA